CGCGAUGCACCUGUUACACUGAAGUAAAGCGAAGCAGCCAAGAUAAACCCUCGAUGAAAAACCUUUUCUGAUCGUUUUCGGAGGGCGUUUUUCAACAUUUCCUCUACAAAAAACAAUAUUUUUGGUCACUUUCUUCAGGAGAUAUCUUACGUGUUGAGUUAGUAGCUAAAAUAAUGUCAUUCUUCAAUCUUACAGAACUGGGAUACCAAUAUCCUAUACGUGCACAGGUCAAGGAGCCCAACUCAGUAUACUCCUACCAUCUCGCCAACUCUUUACCCGCUGGAUCGUACGUCUCGCACAGACCAGAAACUGCAAAGCUUCCACCGAUUAACAUGCAUAAAUACAACAAAGUCAUCGAGCCUGUAGAUAAUCCAGAACAUCACGGAUCAUAUGUCAAAUUUACCGAGAGAUUGCAUAAACAUACACGAUGUGCAAAAGGUCCCAAUGAUAUAUACCGCAACCCUGUGACGACAGCUCAGCUCCCUGGAUCCUGGUAUAGGAAGGAAGUUCCCUUGAAGCAGAGUGAGCCUUGGACAUACGUCCCCAGACAUGUGUGCGUCAGUAGUGAAAUGACAAAAUUUGUGAAGGAGAUGAGCGUGACAAACAGGGAAUUUUCUCUCUUCUAGAAGACAACAAAUUUAAGGAACAUUUCAGUAAAGCCUUAUUAUGGACAAUAAUUGUAUUACACAUUAUGGAACACAAGCCUUUGAACAAAAAUGUGCUUAUGAUGUGUACCAGCAAUUGACACACAAAUUCCAAGUCUAUGUCGAUGUCGAUUGGAUUGCUUUGGUGGAUUUUGAUUUUAUUUUUGUAUUCAAUAACUUUAACAUGAUAACAAGAGUAUUGAAGUCAUUGUUUAAUUUGCGGACAUUUGGGUAUCCUUUACUCCAUUUUUUCUUGUUCAUAAUACUUGUAUAUUCACCUAAUACCUAAAUCGUCAAAUCAGAUUUGGAUCUUGCCGCAUAUGAUGCUGCUUCUUCUUUUCUCAUAAAUAUUUUCUUUUUUACCUGAAAAACAAAAACAAAAAAAUAAUUUUGAUGAAAGGGAGAUGCAAGCUGUCUUUCUAUAUGGUUGAAUAUGCCUGUCUUUUACUAUUUUUUUUAAUUUGAUUAUCUCUACUUUGAUACAUAUUGUGUAACCAUGCAGGAAGCUGUAUAUUUAUUGCUGCAAUUCAUCUCUGCUAGAGCAUCAAUAUACAGAGUUUGGCCAACCUGCUUCUAGUUGCUUACAAUAUAUGGAAACUGUUGUGUGUGUGUGUGUGGGUGGGGGGGGGGGGGCAAGCACAAAACAAGAGAAUAUACACCAUGUUGUGAUCAACACUAACUGAAAUCUAGUCAGCCAAACUCUCAAAGUAAAUGGCUCUAGCCGGUCUUUGCAGUUUGAACAAAACUUUGGGAAACUAGAUGAACUGUACAAUGACAUAAAGUGUGUGUAAGGAUGGUGUACUUCGCAGCAUUAUGAGAAGUAUUAUUAUUUACCACCUGAACCAUUAAUGCCAUUCACCAAGUAUUCACCUUCAAAUCGUACAUCGAAAUUAGAACCAAAGAACUCUUUUUGUCUUUAUGUACAUGUAUUUCGAAGAAAGUAUUUCAAAGAAAAUAUAGUGAGGUGUUCCUUGUUUUUUUUAUGUCUUUCUUCACAUAAACAAAUAUCUGCCUUUUCAUUGAAACUUUCAACUUUUCCCUCAUUUUCAAAGGAGAAUGCUGCUUUGCAAUAUUUUAUAACUUGGAAUUAAAUCGCAAUUCACUGAAGAGGAAAAAACGUAUGGCUGUAACAACAAAAUGAUCAAGUGAAUAUAAUGUCUCUACCGCAAGAGGGCUCUUCACAUUUUUCUCGUUGAAGUACAUGUAUAAUCUUGUAACGUAUAAACGAAAUCCUUGAUGUUUAAUCAUGUACAUGUAAUUAAUGUAGUAUUUGUUUUCCGUCAUCCAUAACAGACAAGAUAGUGGAAUAUAUAUUUUAAUAGUGUAUUAUCUUACUAUUACCUUGUCUUGUUGGCUGAAACCUAGCUGUUUGACUUCCACGUUACUUGCAUGUUAUCGACUUCUUUACGAAGCCAAAUGUAAUUUCAUUAAUCAGUGUUGCAAAAUGCGAUGUGUUUAUAUCGAUGUUUGUAUAUAUUAAAUAAACGUAUUAAUACUAUAUAUCAAAA